AUGGUAUCUCACCGAAUUAGGAUAUCAGCAAAGAGUCAAAACGAAAAAAGAUCUACGACGUACCUGUGGGAAUUCCUGUUGAAACUUCUUCAAGACAGAGAUUAUUGUCCGAGAUACAUAAAGUGGACCAAUCGGGAAAAAGGAGUUUUUAAAUUAGUCGAUUCGAAAGCAGUUUCAAGGUUGUGGGGCCUUCAUAAAAACAAACCUGAUAUGAAUUACGAAACAAUGGGAAGAGCUUUGAGGUAUUACUAUCAACGAGGGAUCUUAGCCAAAGUGGAUGGACAACGUCUUGUUUAUCAAUAUGUUGACGUUCCAAAGGACAUCGUUGAAAUAGAUUGUUCCGGAGCGUGA